AUGUCAUUUCUAACGCACGCGUCUAGUGACCUUCUUCAUGCCCAUCUUAAGCGCCAUGAAAAGAGCGGCAAGAAAGGAGCCCACUACGCGCGUGGACCUAGUCGUCGCGCCGCCAUCCCUGAAUCCACGCCGAGCAAUGGGGUGAAGCAAAGUAGUUCCACCUCCCCGCCACAGCAACAAAUUCCAAUGAGGCAGUCGAUAGUGCCUGUUCCCCUCCAUGUGCCUGCAUCUGUGCCGGCGCCGCUGCAGACGUAUGAAGGUUGGGCUCCGCCGAUUCAGGGCUUGGGGUAUGGGGUGGGAAUGAGCGGGCAGGAGCUUCUGCCACAGUUUUCAGGGGAGUUGAUGAAUGUAGUGGGCUCGCAGCAGCAGAUGAUCCAGGCCGGGUGGCAGGUCCCGUAUCCGUUUCAGGAUGGUGGAAUCUUUGGAAUGGGGGGAGAACCCUAUCUUGAGCUCACGCCUGGGGGGGAGUAUGUCGAUCCUUUUGCGGAGGGGUAUGGGAAUAUGGGUGACCAUGAUAUGGGCAUUGGUAUAGAAAUGGCGCAAGACGUAAAUGUUGGAGAGGUCAGUGAAGAGUGUAGCAUGUCGCAGGCUGUGUACGAGAAGCUUACGACUGAGCUUCCGGACCUCGCGAAACUUUAUCUUGGUGACCGCGUAUCACUGCUCCAGCUUUACAACCAUGGCCUCGACUACUCAAAUCUCUGCAUGCCCUUUUUCCACCGCCCGACUCUCAAGUUAGAAACGCUGCCGCCACUGCUCAUUCUUACUAUCUGUAGUCUUGGUGCUUGCACGAAUAAUGACGAUGCAAUACGGGAGACUGGGAAGGCGAUACACACGCAUGUAUGGCGCCAAACGUUCUUGGCAGCAAUGGACGCGAGACAGGUGGAUAUUUGUACGCUGCAAACUAUGGUUCUGCUUGAGCAUAUCGGUUUCUAUGCAUUGUCUCGGUCAGCGCAUGAGAAGGCUGAUGUCUUCCACGCUAUGGUUGUGACGCUCGCACGACGGAGCAGCCUUCUCGCACAGAAUUUUGACAGCACCAAUGGCUCGCGGCUGCCUCUUGAAAAACGAUGGGAGGAAUGGGCCGAGCGCGAGACAAUUAUACGCGUUGCGUACACAAUAUUUAUCCACGAUGUCGACUACACAAUCCACUUCAUGCACCCUGCCCUCCUAACACUUGGCAUGCUCAAGCUCCCCCUCCCCUCACCUCCCUCCCUCUGGCUCGCCAAAUCCGCAGCUGACUGGUCCCGCCAAACCGAGAAAACUCGCCCCCCGCCACGCACUUCCUCUCUCCGCACCCUCCGUUCGGCCCUCGAACUUCUCAUUCCAGUUCACUGCACGCACUCUCGCCCCCGCCGCCGCAACGCUUUCGAGCUCUUCUGCUCUAGCGCAUUCACCCUCCAAAUCCUAGUCCACGGCCUCGCCUCCGCUGUCUUUGAGCACAAGUUCCGCGGCAUCGAAGCCGGUUGCUCACCUGGCUUACAGCUUCUCCAGAUCCGCGAUUUUGAGGACGGGCUCGCCAGUUGGAUGGUCUGCUUCGAGCGUCUGGCGCCAGAAACGGGAUGUACAGAGCUCGCGAGGAGCGCGCUGGUUACGUACCACUUCACGUCUAUUCUUCUGCGCGAGAGUCUCUCGGAUAUUCUUAUGGCGGCCGGGACGUCGUAUUCAUGGGGCCGUGUGGUGACUCCUCAGCGAGCGCAGGAGGCGUUUUUGCCGCUGGUGGGUACGCAGCCUGUAGGGCAGGAUGCCUAUCGGCAUGCGCUUAAGAUUAUGAGUUUGUGUCUUGAUAAUGAACAUGGCACGGCGAAUGCGGAUGGGGCGCGCAGGAUGUUGCAUCCGCUGUAUUUGACGUAUAAUACCUUCAUUGCUGUCUUGGUACUAUGGGCAUAUGCGCUGGGACUCAGCAGAACGCAUAGCGCGAAGACGGGGCAGCCGCAGCCAGCGCAAAUGCUUUGGGUUGUUGAGUCUGGGAAGCUGAAAAGGGUUGAUCCGGCAAAACAAGCAGCUGGCUCCGGGGUGGUCGAGGCAACGGCAUUAGGUGGUAUCUUAGAAAGAGGGUUUGCGAAGCCGGAGAUUGGGGCAUAUGAGAUUGAAGCUACUAGAGGAGAUGUGAGGGGUAUGAUGAGAAUGGUCAGGGGGAGGCUGGAGGGGAGUGCGUGGGAAUUAUCGCACGAGGCGACGCGUGUACUUGAUGCUUUACUAGAUAAAAAUGGGUUUAUGGACUAAAGUGUUCGGCUAGAUACUGCCGUCGUCUUUUCUUGUACUUUGUAAAAUUGGGGUGGGGUUAGAGCAUAGAACACGGAAUAUUCGUAACACUGUACUGGAAAUUUAGUUGGGAAGCAUGAUUUUGGAUCAGGCGUUUUCCGGAUAGCAGUCUCGUAUCGAGAGGGAAACUUUGGAGUGCUUCGGGUUCUUCUCAAUCGUCGUUUCUGUGUACUCUGGCAUGGGUUACAAACUGGGAUCUAGAACAUAUGGAGAAGGAACAAUCUAUUUUUUGGAAUGCUGUAGUUGCCAGAACCCUACAUCUCUAGGAAAAGUGCGGUCGGG